GGUUUUGCCAGGUUGACUGGGCACUACUGCCUUGUAGCUUUAAGAAGGAGGUGGGGAGCGUUCCAAUGACGCACGACGGAGCCCAAGACGAUGCUUCAAAACUCCAGGCCACAGUCAGCGUGAGUGCAUGGUGACCACUGUCUGAGUAAUCGGGCAAGGAAAGAGUGGAGAGAAGAUCAUUUGAAAACAGGUUGAAGAGUUCUCGAUGGACAUCUAAAUUCAAAAUAAAACACGCACUUUGGAAGAUUUUUUUGAAGAGUAAAUUAUAACUGAACUACUGUAUUUCGUCACCGUGGUUCUUUUAGUUUGCGUCUGCAAGUGCACUGGCAACUGGAGCCUUGAGGGGAAAGCGGUUGAGCCAACAAUUUUUGUUUCACAGACUUGCGACUUGAAGGCAUACGUCGCAGCAUGUCACUUUUCAGCACGCUGGGGGUGUACUUUUUUCUCUUCUCUCACCAAGCUCUGACCAAUACCAUGAGCGAUGAAAUAGAUGUGGUGGUAUUUUUGCCCAAAAAUGACACUUAUCUUUUUUCAUACGCGAGGGUCGCCCCGGCGAUUCGUUAUGCUCAGUUGAAGCUGAAGACUGCCGGAGCCCCCUACUCCGACUUCCAUUUCAACAUCCACUUUGAGAAUUCCAAUUGUGUCAAUGAUGCGCUCUUCCACUUGGUGGACAGGGCGUGUGUGAAGAAGCCCGAUCUGAUUUUGGGUCCAGUAUGCGAGUACGAAGCGGCAGCCGUGGUGAGACUGGCGUCACACUGGAAUAUUCCGGUGAUCUCAGCAGGUGCCUUGGCCGCAGGUUUUAGCAACAAAAACACCGAAUUCUCCCACCUCACGCGCAUCGCACCAUCCUAUGUAAAGAUGGCAGAAACCUUCAGCGCAAUUUUCAAGCACUUUUCAUGGAAGACCGCCUUCCUGAUCUAUGAAGACGACAAGGAGGAGCGGAACUGUUACUUCACUGUGGAGGGGAUAUAUCAUCUGAUGACUGACCUAACCAUUAAAACGUAUCCUUUUUCCCAUGAUGACCCGCUGGACACUGACGACAUCAUCCAAAGCAUAUAUGACACUCAAGUGGUGAUCUUGUGUAUGGAAGCCAGAAAAAUUCGAGAAAUUAUGCUUGCUGCACACAGGCGUCGACUGACCAAUGGCACUCACAUGUUCUUCAAUAUUGAACUUUUCAAUGCAUCCUCUUAUGGCAAUGGGUCAUGGAGGAGAGGAGACAAAUUUGACAACGAAGCAAGGCAAGCCUAUGCAUAUUUGAACACUGUGACGCUGCUUCGGACGGUCAAACCGGAGUUUGAAAACUUCUCAAUGGAAAUUAAAACGGCCAGUGAAAGUAUGGGACUGAACAACUGCCAAGACUGCGGAAGUGUCAACAUGUUUGUUGAGGGAUUCCAUGAUGCGUUGCUGCUUUAUGCUGUUGCUUUGAAGGAAGCCAUGAAAAGUGGAUACAAUAAGAAAAAUGGAUCCGAAAUCACAUCAAAAAUGUGGAACAGAACUUUUGAAGGAAUUGCUGGGCAGGUAUCAAUGGACGUCAAUGGUGACAGAAAUGGAGAUUUCUCUUUGAUGGCAAUGACCGAUGUUAAUGCAGGAACAUAUGAGGUUGUGGCUAAUUACUUUGGUGUGAAUGGAAGCUUUCAGCCACUGUCAGCCUUCAAGUAUGACCACUUCACUCUGCAAGGAAUACAGAGAACACAUGCAGAGAUCUCAGAUGCAUCAUGUGGGCUCGGAGUGUCAGCUUUGACUGGAGUCAUAGUGGGAGCUGUUCUGGGAACUGCAAUGCUUACAGCAUUCUAUUUUUUCAGAAAAAAUUACAGGAUUACCAUCGAGCGUCGAGCCCACAGUGAAGAGUCUACCAGCAGGAAGCACCGCCAGUUACGAGAGGACUCCAUCAGAUCAAACUUGUCCACUGCUUAGUCAGCAGCAGCAGCAAAACUCUUGGGACAAACUUACAUCUGUGUGGUUGGAGAUUAUUAUGGCUGUCAGUGAGGAAAUGUUUUUAGUAUUAGAUAAUGUUGUGUUUUUAACUGUUAACUGUUUCAAAUGUUUCACUUUCAAAUGUAUUAUGACUCAGGACAACUGUAACUGUCUCAAAGCACCACUUGGAUUUUCUUUUUUACAGGUAAAGAGUUGCGUGUCCAUUUUAUUGUGGAGAAUUUUAUAAAGAAUUGCUUUUUGUAAUACAUACACUAUCCACAUUUUGUGGCUGUAAAGAAUUGAUUGCAUACAAUCAUACUAAAACAUUUGCAAGAAAAAGUAUGCGAACCCUUUGGAAUUCCCUAAUUCUGCCUAAAUUGGUCAUGAAAUGUGUUGUGAUCUUCAUCUAAGUCACAACAAUAGAUAAACACAGUCUGCAUGAACUAAUACCUCACAAACAAUAUGUUUUCAUGUCUUUUUAUUGAACACACCAUAUAAACGUUUCACCGUGCGUGGUGGAAAAAGUAUGUGAACCCUUCGGCUAAUGAACUAAUUGGAGUCAGAAGUCAGCAACCUGGAGUCCAAUAAAUGAGACAAGAUUGAAGGUGUUGGGUAAAGCUGCCCCGUCCUAUAAAAAAAA